CCUUGUUUUCACUUCCUGUUUUGUAAAGGGAGUCACUCAACAUAGAUUCGUUCAUUUCAGCUUUACCGAGGUGUCUUUUCCCCCUUUAGUUUCACCCCCAGCCGGUUUAUUGAAAGCUGUGAUAUUUCUCUCUUUAAUGGAGGACGGAUUGAUGAACUGUCUGCUCUCCGCGGUCCCGAUGGAUUUUACGUAGAUGUUUUUGUUUGGCAGUAUGGUUCUUGCUCUUCUAUUUGCUGGAGUGAUUCUCAGUCCAGUUUAAAACUUUGUUCAGUCUUUGUGUGUUUUUCUAAAGGAAUCAGCCAUGUCACAGCUGUAGAGGAAGUGUGUCGUGUGUUUGCACCUUCGCCCCGUUUUGUUUGUGCGAACUUUUUUUCUUGUACUUUUUAUAUAUAUAUAUCUCGAGCCGGUGGUGAGCGUUGCCAUGGCCGAGCUGAACGCGGCGCUGUGCUGCUGCUGCCGUAAAGCUCUGCCCGUGGCCGGUAAAGCUCGGGACGGAGCUCGAUCACUCGGUCGCUGCCGGCUGGUGGACGUCGCCUCGGCAUCCAACUUCCACAGCUUCUCACUGCGCCACUUCCACCUGGACCUGCGUGUGAACUUCGGCCUGAAGAAGAUCACCGGCUGGCAGGUGCUUGAGCUGACGACGCUGCAAGCCGGUGUCCAGACGCUGGUGCUGGACGUCCACCCGUCUUUACUGAUCCACUCUGUGGACUGCAAGGUCCCGGGAACGUCCGGAUCUCCUGAUAUCAUCUUCUCUCUCUCUUACAACCUCGAACCGUUCACCGACUACGGGUCCUCGCUCCGCAUCGCGCUCCCCGCAGCCGCCAUCCGGCCACACCGGCCCUUCCGGGUCACCAUCCGCUACACCACUACUGACGGACCUGCGAUCUGGUGGUUGGACACAGAGCUAACGUGUGGUCAGACGCGGCCGCUGGUCUUCACUCAGGGUCACUCCGUGUGCAAUCGUUCCUUUUUCCCCUGCUUCGACACUCCAGCUGUCAAAAGCACCUACUCGGCUACCAUCAGGGUUCCAGAUGGAGUGACGGUGCUAAUGAGUGCCUCUAGGAGUGUGUACUCUAAGCAGGACCGGCUGUUCCAGUUCUCUAUGGAGUACCCUGUUCCUGCCUACUUAGUGGCCCUGGUGGCUGGAGAUCUACAGCACGCAGACAUCGGGCCCAGGAGCCGGGUAUGGGCUGAGCCCUGUCUCCUGACCUCUGCUGUCAGUAAGCUGGGAGGCAGCGUGGAGCGCUGCCUCGACGUGGCCGAGCAGCUCUUUGGCCCUUAUGUGUGGGGCAGGUACGACAUUGUAUUCCUCCCUCCGUCAUUCCCUAUCGUGGCCAUGGAGAACCCGUGUCUCACCUUCAUCAUAUCCUCCAUUCUGGAGAGUCAGGAGUUCCUGCUGAUCGACGUCAUUCAUGAGAUUGCUCACGGCUGGUUCGGAAACGCCGUCACCAACGCCACCUGGGAGGAGAUGUGGCUCAGUGAGGGAUUAGCUACGUACGCACAGAGACGCAUCACUACAGAGGUUUAUGGCGAAGCCCUCACCUGUCUGGAGACGGUGUUUCGUUUGGACGCGCUGCACAGACAAAUGCGUCUUCUUGGAGACAACAAUCCAGUCAGCAAGCUGCAAGCCAAGUUUGAGCCAGGGGUUAACCCCAGCAGUCUGAUGAACCUGUUCACUUAUGAGAAAGGCUUUUGCUUUGUCUCGUACCUCUCGCAGCUGUGCGGCGACAUCAAACGCUUCGACACUUUCCUUAAGGCCUACAUCGAGCAGUUCAGGUUCAGCAGUGUGGUUGCUCAGGACCUGCUAGAUUUCUUCCUGGGGUUUUUUCCUGAGUUGAAGGAGAGCUGUGUAGCACAGCGAGAAGGACUGGAGUUUGAGCGCUGGCUGAAUGAGUGUGGUCCUCCUCUGUGUGAGCCAGAUCUUUCCGCUGGUGUCACGCUGACCGGGCCUGUCCAGCAUCUCUGCGAGCUCUGGGGCAUGGACUCCCCUGACCGCCAAGCCAUUGCCAGCUUUGACCUCUCCACGUGGAGCACCUUUCAGACUGUUCUCUUCCUGGACCGAUUGCUGGACCGUUCACCGCUGCCACAAGAGGUGAUGAGUCUUCUGUCGAGCUCCUACUCAGUUCUGCUGGAUGGUAUGAACGCCGAGGUGCAGAUUCGGUGGCUGCAGGUCGUAGUGAGGAACAGCUUCUAUCCUGACCUGCAUCGUGUCCGCAGUUUCCUGCACAAGCAUACCUCACGCAUGUACACAGUGCCUCUGUAUGAAGACCUGUGUGGAGGAGUUCUGAAGUGUUUUGCUGUCGAAGUGUUUUACCAAACACAGGACCGCUUGCACCCCAACCUGCGCAAGGCACUGCAGCAGAUUCUAUUUCAAACCAGUGCAGCAAGCACCUCCAGCACCCCGGCCCUGGUCGGCCCAACCCAGUCCACUCCAUCGCCGCCCACAGACCCACCCACUAAUGGGACCAUGGCACUGCUAGAUGUCAACGUGUCGGCGUGACGCUUUAGAGAGCUGCAGGGGACACGGAGGAAGUGAACUGAGAAACAAGCGGAGAAGCCCGUCACAGGAGGCCGGCCCGUGUGUGCGUGCGUGUGUGCGUGUGUGUGUGCGUGCGUGCGUGUGUGCGUGCGCGUGUGUGUGCGUGCGCGUGUGUGUGCGUGCGCGUGUGUGUGCGCGUGUGCGUGCGCGUGUGCGCGCGUGUGUGCGUGUGCGUGUGUGCGUGUGUGCGUGUGUGCGUGUGCGUGUGUGCGUGUGUGUGCGUGUGUGUGCGUGUGUGUGCGCGUGUGUGCGUGUGUGUGUGCGUGCGUGCGUGUGUGCGUGCGUGUGUGCGUGCGUGUGUGUGUGUGCACUCUCUCCAACACUGGGAUUUUUACAUGCACCUUCAAUAUUCAUGUUCAAGCUGCUCAAGUUUUGUGGAAUGAAGUGGAGGACAGACAACAUGGACUGUGUUUAAAG